AUUCAUUGUCUUCAUCGAUCAUACUAACUAUAUGUCGGUCAGAAAUGCGUGGUCUUCUCAUCCUUUCGCGGCGCCGCGCCGAGCACCUGUUCAUGAAUCCCUGACCAUGUGUAAAAACGCAUCCUGGAGCACAAGGUUGUCGAUAGGGGGGAUGGCCCUGGGCUUCCUGCUACAGAUUAUUGGGGUCUCGAUGCCUCACUGGUGCGAUUCCACGGAGCUUCAGACGAAGCGGAGUAACUUCGGACUCUGGAAGUCGUGUGAGGAUAUCGGCAGACCAGGGGAGCACGUGCCCAUCUGUCAGUUCUCCCUUAACGUCCAGAUUAUCUCUGUCCAGAUCCUUGGGGUCCUCGGGGUGCUGGGAACCGUAGCCACACCCUGUCUGGUGCUGGCCGCCAUUCUCAAGGUCGAGGACAAAUGUAGGACGUCCGUACUGUCCAUAUUGUCAGCCCUCGGGACAGCUUCUUUCGUCAUUAUUGGAGUGACCGUCUUUGGAUUGGAGGUUCCGGAUGAGAACUGGAGGCUGUCCUGGGCGUUCGGACUUUCCGCGGCGGCAGGGGUGGUAUACGUGGGCGUGUUUCUGACCUUGACAUGGACUGUAAUCAGGAGGAGAUCAGCGCCCUCAUCAGUAGUAGAUUGACCUACAUCUGUGUACCAGCAUGGCGUUUAAUUGAUUAAGUGUUUCAACUGGAGGAUAUCAGUAAGACUAACUCCGGAGUUGAGGGUCACUCAAUCAAUACAUUGUAUGACAAAGAUUCAUUAGCAUGGGGCAGAUCUUGGAAUGACGUCGUUUGUCUUACGUCGCUUACGACUUUGGACUCGUCCUAUAGUCUAGAUUUGAUUUAUAGUAGUCCUAAGAUCUGAACCUUUUGAUUCCUGUAUGACGAAAUUCAUAUAUUACUAUUUACACCUAAAAAUGUAAAAGUCACCGAUCGAGAAUUAAACUUUCACCAUGAAUUUAUAUGCUCCUAAAGAAAAUGCAUUGCAAAAUUUAACCCCAACAGCGCGUUCAGAAAAAUGUUCCGUCACAUAACUUGCCGUCACGCU